GGACCUAGGCCUAUUUAAAGAUUUGGCUGUCAUGUCACGCACAGAACUAAUAGGGCAAUUGGGGCUAAGCCUUUCCCAGUCAGACACAGAAUUCUUGUUGCGCAUUGACGAUGAACCGGGGCCUCAGGAUUGGGAAGAAGCAGGAAAUGCCGGGAAAUGGUUGACGACCUUGCCAAGAAGAUUACAGACGUUGGUGAAGUCGGCCAUACAGCAGGACUGGCCAUUCUUACCUCCCGACAUUAAACCUGAUUGGCUUACCUCUCGUAAUGAUAGUCAUCCAUCGGUCUCCCAGAACUUAAUUCUCUUGAAAAGUCUUCUGUUGGCAUUAGAAAACGAAAAAUUCUCCUUGGCCUCUGCAGUGGCCUUUGUUUUGGACCGAUUCAUGUACUGGUAUGGGGGCGCCAAGGUAAUCCUGAACGUCGUGUCUGUAUUGGCAGCUUGUGACCAAUGCCCAGCGAUCGCCCCUCAGAUGCUCAUUCGGAAGGCUCGCGUUCUGAAGGACUCCGGGGAUUUGCAUGGAGCUGUCAGAGUCCUUCACGCCAUUGUGGCAUCGGACUGGAACAGUCCAGCCCCUGGUUCGUGGCAGUACAAGUCAAAAGCUCAGCAUGACAACGUGGUAGCUGUCUGCGUUCAAAUUGAAGGACAAAUUCUACAUAAUUUGGGUUUAUGGCCUGAGGCUAUCCAUCUCCUCGUGCAGUCAAUAACGGGAUUUGAAAGCUUACCCGUUAAAGAUGACAAAGGGAUUUCCUCGUCGCUGGGAAUCCUCGGCAAAUGCUUGAAACAGCUGAGUAUGAAGGAGUACGAGGAGCUGAGGAGGAGGUAUCCGGGGCUUGUACAGCCCCACCCUUGCCAGGAAGCGUACAGCAAGGCUGUUAGCGCAGCUCAGCUCUGCCCCCCACAGAACCUCUUCACGGCUAGACACUGGCUCGAUGCCGGUGAAUCCUUGUUGCGUUUCGCUGUUCAGCAGAACCAGUUCCAUAUGAAACACCAAGUCUUGGAUACCGCUUUAUCGCGUCUCAACGAAAGCCUAGCGCAGCAUCAGGCAGUCAAGGGAUUGCAGAGUCGGGAACAGAGCUUCGAAUUCCUCAAGGCCCUUUACCUGGCAAGUAUCGCAUUGAUGCACUCUCCCAAUGGACAUGACACUCGCUUAGCCUGGGUCUUGGAGGAACUGUCUAUCGCUCUCUACAGCAUCUACUGCCGAAAUGCGGAAGGCCUAGGUAAAAAUCCAGAAGCUGUCCGACUUUGUAAUAUGGCAUUGCAGUUCUUGAAUCUCCCAACGCUUAAUGGAAGCCCGGGCGGCGAUGAAUUGAGUAAAACUUUGCAAGAGCUCAGAGUGAAUCCGAAACAUGAUUUGGUUAAACAGCACGGGAAUCUACAGAACACAACAGGUGAGGAACUCUAUAUCAGUAAUCCAGACAACGAUGGGAAUGCAGCAGAUGUUGUGAAGGUUUCUGUAGAGCCUGAGAUCCCAAAACUCAUUCUGGGCCAAGACGAUAAAUCCAAAUCACAUGAUAAUCUGGUGAGGCUGGCACAGAUGAGAGAAGUUGGGUUGCCAGCUAAUCCACAUAGUCCACGGUACACCAGUAUCGACCAUGAUCUUGUGAGAGCGGCGCAUCAGUCCAGUGAAACCAGACAAGAUCCAUCGGACUCCAGCCUGUCCGCAAAAGUCGACCCAGCGGCCACUACUCUUUGUUCGACGUACACCAUCGAGGCUCUUAGGGACCUUCAGAGAGGAGAUCUCUCCUUGUCCUCAAAUUCAGGAUCUGCCUCCGCAUCGACAGAUUCCUCGGGCUGUAGUUCUCGUGAAACCGACACAAGCGGAUACACUGUUCCUGAUGAAGUGGAGUUCUCUCCCAUUACUCAGUAUCGCCCCCUUGUGGAUUGGGGAGACCAUGUCCCUCCCAACGCAAGUGCUCAUAGUCAACAUGGUGGCUUGACCAGCUUUUCGCCCAACACGCACACCAACUUCCAUCAGGUUCAACAAGUAGUGGAGGACAACUAUGCGAAUGCUGUCAACAAAAUGGGCGCUUCUCGUGCUUUACUUUGGCAGUACGACCCCUUACAGAAGCAGUGGAACCCACAGAGUACGCUUGUGUUCAUUGGUUCCUUAGUUGACAUUCCCAAGCACAAGAAAGGCAAACACCGGGACACUAUUCACAUUCAGUUCUUGCACCAGGACGAAUCCCUUGGCAGGUACGUGGCAAAGCGGUACAGGAAGGAGAAUCCCAUUCUUGAAGAAUACCUUCAGGACGUGAAGAGUCAGAUGACUGCACGUUUCUUUGUGACCUUGUUCAAUCAGAGGUUACAGUCAUUGCCCAAUGUCGACAGAUUUGCCAAAAUCCAGUAUUUACCUGCUGCUCAUUUACAGGUGCUCACACCUAGUGGUCAAAUCAUGGACUACCUCAACGUGGAACCAUAUUUAGAAGGGGAUUCCGAAUUCGUGAAACUGACCAAUAAUUUCGACUACGUCAAUACCAAAGUCAAGUCCGAAAUGCUGGAAACGGUCCUAGCGUUCACCCACUUCACUUAUGCCGUGUCUCAAGGUCAGACAAUGAUAGUUGACCUUCAGGGAUGGGUGCCGCGCGACACAAGUGACGUCCUGUAUCUAACGGACCCACAGCUGAACAGCAGCGGAGACGGGAAGGCGAGUCCAUUCGAUCAGAAGGAGAGGGGUAUAGAGGUAUUUUGGAAGCAAGUUCACCCACACUGUAAACAACUGUGCCUGGAUUUACACCUCCAGAGACCGAAAUAAGAAUUUUCUGGGGAAUAAUUAUUUCUGGAAGAGUUUUGGCAUAUCAGUCAUGCAAGGCGAAAUCACGCUUCACAUUUGAAGGUUAUCGGAUAGACUCGUUUUCGUGUCAGUCCAAACAUUUUGAAUUAAAUUCACCUUGAGAAGCGGGGUUUCGCAUUACAUGAACUUUAUCCUGGAUUUUUCUUCUCUGGAAACAUUUCUAACACAAAUGGUUGCCAUGUCGAAAAUAUUAAUCAAGUUUUUCUGUACUAUCGAAGACCCUGGUUGGCUCAGAUUAAGGGGUGCCUCUUGCUGCACACAAAAAGCUAUUGAACCAAUAAGGUCGCACUGUGCUGGGGUCCAAUCGGCGUUUUGUCAGGACACAACUGAUGAAGAACGGAGAUUGAUUUCCACUAUGAUCUUUUCACUUCACCACUUUCGUGCCGAACAAAUAUUCUUGAAUAUGGUGCAAAACCCUAAUGUUCAGUGUUCACCACCAUCCAAAGGAGUUUUAUUUCACCUACGUCAGCAGUCGGGUUUAUUGCUGGAGGAAAUCGCGUCCGGAGUAAACCACUGGCCUUUGCUUGAAACCUGACAAACGUCCUGACUUGACGCUGCAGUUCAAGCAGAAAGAGCUGGAUUCUAACAUGCAACCUCAGUGGUUAAGAGCCUGACAGCUCAGCAGCCAGAGCUUUAACCAUUCAAGCCAGUCAGGCUUCCCAAAACCACCAAUGAAAUAUCUUUACUAACCCAUGGUAUAUUCUACAAACUGCAAUAUACCCCCAGAAUGUAAAUUUCAAUGUAUAAUAUACAACUCA